GAAGUAAAAUAUCUUGCGGUCGUUUUGCUGACGGACGUUGAGGGUACAGCAUCUUCCUGUAACUUCGUCAAACCUACAGUUUUACUAGUAAAAACAUAGACACCAUGUCGUCCAUUGUGCCCAUUAAGAUUGGAAUAAUUGGAGGUUCAGGUCUGGAUGACCCAGAUAUCUUGGAGGGAAGAACAGAGCGUUAUGUGGACACACCUUAUGGAAAGCCAUCUGAUGCCCUGAUACUGGGAAAGAUAAAAAAUGUGGAAUGUGUUCUCCUUGCAAGGCAUGGGAGACAACACACAAUAAUGCCAUCCAAUGUAAACUACCAGGCCAACAUCUGGGCUCUCAGAGAAGAAGGCUGUACACAUGUGCUGGCCACCACAGCCUGUGGCUCUCUCAGAGAAGAGAUUCAGCCAGGAGAUAUUGUCGUCAUAGAUCAGUUUAUUGACAGGACUACAAAGAGAGCUCAAACACUGUUUGAUGGUCAGUCCACCAGUCCCUCAGGUGUGUGUCACAUCCCCAUGGCCGAGCCUUUCUGCAACAGAACUAGAGAGGUGUUGGUGGAGGUAGCACGAACUCUGGGUGUCAAGUGCCAUACGCGAGGGACAAUGUUGACUAUCGAGGGACCUCGCUUUUCCUCGCGGGCGGAGAGCCUGAUGUUCCGCCAGUGGGGUGCUGACGUCAUCAAUAUGACCACCGUGCCUGAGGUGGUCCUUGCCAAAGAGGCGGGUUUGUGCUAUGCCAGCAUCGCCAUGGCAACAGACUAUGACUGUUGGAAGGAGCAUGAAGAAGUGGUCUGUGUUGACAACGUGUUGAAGACGAUGAAAGAGAAUGCUAACAAAGCAAGCAGCAUCCUGCUAACGGCAAUACCCCAGAUUAGUCAGAUGGACUGGGCUCAGACAAUCAAGGCCUUGAAAUCAAUGGCACAAUCUUCAGUGAUGUUACCAAAAUACUGAUGGUAAAAAAAAAGCCAAUGAAGCAGAAAAGGAUAAGAAUAGCUGAUACCAUCUGCACCGGUUCACAGACAACGGACUCAAUUCUGCCCAACUCAUCAUCACUGACUCACAAGAAAGUGCCUCACAAAAAUAAUGCACAUGCUGUGUAUUCAGUUGGAGUGUCAGUAUUUUGUCUUGACUUCAAAUACAUACACACACACCCCAGUUUUUACUGAGUUAUGUGUCACUGCUUUUUUUCUGGAAUGUGUUCUUACAGUCACAUUAUUACAAAUUAGAGAUUAUUGUCACUAUCUUGUAGGUUUGAUUAUAAACAUUUUAAAUAAAAUCUGUCAGUGAUUUCAUUUUUUUUAUGCAGGCCAUAAUAGCGCUUAAUAAAUGCUUUAUUACUGCCUUCGUUACAACUUAUAUUUAGUACAUUGGGAGAACUAUUAUUGCAUAAAAUGAUUUUGCAUACACUUUAAAAAGAGAAAAAUGUUAAUAGUGGGAAUGUUUCUCUGCUUUAGGGGUUCUUUUAUUAUCUGUUUUUUUUCUGAUCAGCAUUUCUUUUUUAUUGACUCUCCUCAACAGUUACUUGUUUCAUGAAUCAAAUCAGAAUUUAAUGUGAGAUGGAGCUGCCGCAGUGCAUUUUUCUAGUUUUCAACAUAUUGAUAGCGUUUGGUGUAUUUUUGAGAAACAUAUGUCCAUAUUUACUGAGUUUACCAACGAUAAAUGUUUCAUAUACUAUAGCAGUUUGUCAUCGUGUAUUAAAAUAUGCAUUUUUUUGUAAGCACACUGCACCUUUUACUCAUGUUACAUCAAUGUUAAGUAAUUAUGUUCUAUGCAUUCUCUGGACCAGAACUUCAUUGCACUGCAUGUUCCACAAUAUAUUUCAGCUUCUUGUACUUCCUCUUUGUCACCUGUUUUCCCACAAUAAAAAUAUCAUGCAUGGAU